UAAUAAUUUGUGCUACAACACAACUGUAUACCGCGCUUUACAUGUGCUCUUAGUGAAUAGUUAUUUUUGGUAACCAUACCAACCGAUAUAUGUUCUAACACUCUUUGAAUAUAAGCGUGUUCUUUUGUUGUUCCCAUGGUAGCAAUGGCGAACGUUUCGAGGAGAUGUGUGAGAAUAUCAAGUAUUAUUAUACCAGGGCUUAGACCGUCACAUUCAAGAAAGUGUUGUGCGUACAGUUGUAAGAAAUUUAAUGGAACAACAUUUUCACUAACAAGAAGAUAUUCCAGUUUAAGUGCUCCACAUUCGCCGAGUGCCAAAAAUAUAGAAGAUUCCAUAGAUGUAAAGAAGAUUAGUAAUCCACUAGUGCCACCUGUAAGUCCUGGUGACGAAGACCAUGAAGAGCAGAAGAGACGAGAUUCUUCUUGGAAAGCAAUGAAGUACAGUUUCAUUGCUUUUGGUGCCACUUUUGGAAUCCUGGGAUCUUACAUGGUUUAUGAACUAGGUAAGCCAAAGAGAGAUGAGAAUGGCAACACUGUAGAAGAUGAGUUCAGCCAGAUGCCACUGAUUCAACAGUUCUUCAGUCGCAUGUUGAAGGAAGUGAACUACUACAAACGGAUGAUUCGUGAACCGUCUCGAGAGAAGCUGCUGCCUGACCCGGUCCCUUAUCCCUACAUACAGCCGCCCUAUACACUCGUGCUGGAGUUGACUGACGUGCUAGUUCAUCCUGAUUGGACGUACAAGACUGGGUGGAGGUUCAAGAAGCGUCCAGGCGUGGAUCAGUUCUUGGAGCAGGUGGCGCCACCAUUGUUUGAGGUGGUGGUGUUUACUGCUGAGCCUGGCAUGACUGUGUUCCCCAUUCUGGAUGCCCUGGAUCCAAAUGGCUACAUAAUGUACAGACUGGUGAGGGAUGCCACACAUUUUGUUGAUGGGCACCACGUUAAGGACUUGGACUGCCUGAACCGAGAUCUGAGGAAGGUGAUCGUGAUAGACUGGAAUGGUGAAUCAUUGAAGUUUCAUCCAAGGAACAUGCUGCGACUGCCAAGGUGGAAGGGCAAUGAUGAUGACCAGACUCUGGUGGCCCUAGGAACAUUUUUAAGAACAAUUGCUGCUGAGAAGGUGGAGGAUGUGAGGGAGGUUCUGGAGUACUACCAGCAAUAUCCAAACCCAGUGGAGGCCUUCAGGGAGAAACAGAGGAAGUUACUGGAUCAACUUGAAGCAAAGGAAAAGCAGCUGAAAGAUCAACCUCCGACAGCAAACUGGUGGACGCCGGUCUUCCUGAAGCCUCGCAGCAGCUGAGGCCUGCGUGAAUCUUAUAUGUAGGAUAUCAAUGCGUACUUUGUUCCUGUGCGGUGAGCCUGUUCGCAGUUGGUCAAGCCUUGGAGUUUAUACACUCAAAACAUGUUAACUCUUUGUUAUUCUAAGUGGUUUCUGCCAGUAUGUACUCCUGUUUGUAGCUGUGCAACCCAGAACCUUCCAAAGUAAAAACUACUGUCUUGAUUCUAGGAUGGCAUCCUAUAAUUAUAGGCUAGAAAAUAAAUUAAAUGUAGGAGUAUGACAGAAAAGUUAUUUUAUCUGCAUACAGCUGUGGGCUGCAUUAUCUUUUGGUAAUGUCAUAUUUUUUAUGCAGCUGUACAGUUGAUAAGUUAAUUGUAUAAACACAUUCACAGUUUGCUUUUAUUAUGUUCACAAGUGCACAGACAUUAGCAAAUAUAACAUCACUUGUUUCCCUAUUCCAGUGAACUUGAUAUCCACUAAAAUACUUUUUCUUAGAUCUCUAUCAACCGAGUAAUUUUAAAUCCAAGCAGAGUUCAAACUCAGAUCGGCCAAUCCGUGCAGUUUACAAUUCCUGAGCUGAAGGUCAGGCUUUGAUCUUGAAAAUUGUAGAACUGCUUAAAAUGUAUUAAUAAAAUUAAUCUGUGGUGAUAAUUCAAAGAGCAUGACUUUGGAGCAGCUAAUUAUAUAAUAAUAUAUUUAGAGGUUGUUAUAAUGUGUAAAGGUAGUUGUCCCUGAUACUUUGUUUUGGAAAGCAAAGUUACUGAACUCGCUAGCAGUGGACUCGUGACAAGGAUAAAACUUAAGUCCUAUGUAGAUGUGUUUCUUCUCAAAUAAAUACCAAAAGUGAUAAUUA